AUGAGCUUGUCAAAGUCAGAGCGAGAGUCUAUUAUAUUAAAUGACGCCAGAGGAAUACAACAUCCUUUCUAUUACGUAAGUCAGAGUAAAGAUGGUAAAAUAUAUGUUAGGAAAAGAAAGGUUCCAUUAGCGAAUACAGAGAGCGACAGUAUUAAUAUAAAACCUUCUGUUCGAACUGAGCCACCAAAAGAACAAGAAGAAAAGAAGCCAGAUGUACUUUCAAUAACGAACCAAGAGCUUAUUGCAAAGUUCGUGAAUUUCAUUGAAAAACAAACCGAGUCAAAGAACCCUGACCCACCAGUGAAAGAAGUUGAGACAAAAGAGAAUGUACAGUUCAUUGAAAAUGUCAAGAAACAACUUCCACCACGAAUGCCAAGAAGAAGAGUGAGAAUAAUGAAGUAA